AUGAAAACCUUCGGUGAGACCAUUGCUCCGGCUAAAAAUGACGGGAAAUCUGCAUUGGGAAACGUGUCAAGUGGCACACAUAUCGAGGCAAAUCCUUCUAAUGUUUUUGGACCUCCUUUGAUCCCAGGAACUGCACCACUGGCUCCAAAUCAUGGAAAAACUCCAAGGAUCAACACUUUACCGCCUAGUACAUCCCAAACUGCGCGUACCAUAAACGCGCGAGUCCCUCCUGCACGUAAGCACCCCCCACCCCCACGUGCAGCACCACGAGCCACUGCAACUUCCACAACUGCUCAUUCUGGUCCAAAAUCUUAUGCUGCAGCAGUUGGUAAUGUGCCAGUAGUUUCUCAAGCAGAGAGGAGUCAAAAGAAGUCCUUUGCUCAAAGUCUUCGAGCAUCACAAGAAUCUACUGACCACAAGCUCAUUUCUAGGGACCCUUUCAUCCAUCAUGGUGAACUUGCAGUUCUAUUCACAGAGGCAGAUGAAGAAGUCUUGGCUGAGCCAUACAAGUUUACUCUUGUUGGCAAAUUUGUGCACCGGAGGCCAUCUAUGCUUAAGGUACAUGAAAACUUUUCUCGCUUUGGUUUUUGUGGUGAUUAUACUAUUGGUCUAAUUGAUGCCACACACAUUUUGAUUCACUUGGCGCACGAGGAUGACUAUGCACGGUUAUUCCUCAAACCACUGUGGUAUAUUGAUGGUUCCCCUAUGAGAGUCUUCAAAUGGACUCCAAGCUUUAGUCCACUGCAAGAGACCCCAAUUGCUCCAGUCUGGGUAUCCUUUCCACUUCUACCUAUUCACUUUCGGGCUAAGAGCAGUUUGUAUGCUAUUGCUAAAGCUAUUGGCCUUCCGUUACGUAUUGAUGAGGCAACAUCUGAUCUUCGCCGCCCUAGUGAGGCUAGAGUAUGUGUGGAGGUUAAUUUGGACUACGAUCUCCCUGACAGAGUUUGGAUUGAGAGGGAAAAGAUCGGUGGCUAUUGGCAACAGGUUAUAUAUGACCAGAAGCCAGAAUUUUGUUACAAAUGCAGACAUUUUGGGCACUUAGAAGUUCAGUGUAAACUUGGCAUAAGACCAGCACCACCUCCUGUUGUUGAGCCUAUCCCUAAACCUAUUAUCCCUGCUAAGGAUAAGGACAAGGGAAAGGCAAUUCAGGGUGAGCCACGUCAGAGGUGGACCCCAGUUCGCAGAGAGCAGAAGAAACAGCAGGCUAGCACAUCAGGUGCACAUGUUUCCCAAGCAGAUCAACCUAUUGUAGCCCAGUCAAUUGCAUCCAUAGUAGACACUGCUUCAGUUAAUCCUCCAAGAGUGCAGUCAGUAGCUCCAGACAAUAUUGCUCCUUUGAGUGCCAUUACACCAGCCUUGGCUCCAUCACAGCCUGUUAUUCAUGUUCACAGUGAUUACACUGACCCCUUGGCUCACGACAUGUCUCGGCGAACACAUGAUUCAGAGGCUACAGAUAGAGUUAUCAGACAGCUUCCCGGUCCUACACCUGGCCGUACUGGUAAUCCUGCCUCCAGCUCUCCACUUGUUUGUCAACAGAACAUUGAAGCUUCUAUUCCUUCAGUAGAAUCUGAUCAGUCAGAUACUGAAGCUACAUCACAGAUUGAGGUCCAUCAGCAGGGUGUGUUCCGUAGGUCUUCUGCUGAGGAUUUACUGGGUAUGGCUGGUAGAUCAGAGGAUGACGGUUUUGUCCGAGUCACAAGAAAGAAACACCCACGUGCUACUGAUACUCCACAUCCGAGCAGACGGAUCACCAGGAGUCAGUCACAUGAUACCUCUUCACAUUCUCCAUCCCUAUGA